AGCCACCUCCUAAGUCUGCGCCGGCGGCAGCGGUUCCGCCUCGCGCGGGGCAAGUGUCAGUGCGCCCUGCCGCACCCGCCGCGACAGCCCGCAGAGUGGACGGGCGGGAGGACCCCGUUUCCGCCACUCUUACCUUCUGGAUCCGUUUUAGAGCCAUGCUCCCGCUGCUCGUGCCCCACCGGCCCUGCGGGGCAGCCUAAGGCGGCCGUCUGGGCCACAACGCUGCACGCCGGGAGCGGCGCUCUACGCGUGCGCGCCGCGGUGCGCUGUGGGUAGCUAGUGCGCGCAGCAGUCCUGGGUCUGACCACCGUGUCGCGCACGGUCAGUUACUAGGCCACGGUCACUGGGCCCUGUGGCACUGGUUUCUGCUAGGCGAGGGGCCUGUACACCAGGGCAUGCCUGAAACCGCAGGCGCCACACGCAAUGCUCUCUGCCCCUCCCUGGGCUCCUCCCCGGGCUGUCACUUAACUCCUGAGCUUAGUGGUUGUCAGCGCUGAUAGAAGUGGAAUUACUGGUCAAAGGGCAUUCAGAUCUGGGAGAAGUGGCCCCAGAAGUAAAACCUUCAGACAGCCAAACAUCUGUGGCAAUUGCAGAUUUGGAAUGGAGAGAAAUGGAAGGAGAUGACUGCGGGUUCCAUUAUGGAGAUGGUACAAACGAGGCUCAGGACAAUGACUUCCCCACAGUGGAGAGAAGCAGGUUUCAGGAGAUGCUGUCCCUGUUGGGACUGGAGACAUACCAGGUACAGAAGCUCACCCUCCAGGACUCCCUGCAGAUCAGUUUUGACAGCAUGAAGAACUGGGCUCCUCAGGUUCCCAAGGACCUUCCCUGGCAUUUCCUCAGGAAGCUGCAGGCACUCAACGCCGAAGCCAGGAACACCACCAUGGUGCUGGACGUGCCUCCAGAGGCCUGGCCUGCAGAGAAGGAGAGCCAGGCAGAGGAGGAGAUGAUGUACUGGGACCCAGCGGAGGACGUCGCUGCUGACAUCUACUCUUUCUCAGAGCUGCCCAUGCCUGAUACGCCUGUGAACCCCCUGGAUCUCCUCUGUGCCCUCCUGCUGUCUUCAGACACCUUUCUGCAGCAGGAGGUCUUGCUGAAGAUGUCCCUCUGUCAGUUCGCACUCCCACUUGUGUUGCCCGAUUCUGAAAACCACUGCCACACCUUUCUGCUCUGGGCCCUGCGGGGUGUCGUGCGGACGUGGUGGUUCCAGCCCCUCCGCAGCCUGGGGAGUUUCCGAGAAGACAGUGUGGUCCUGUCCAGGGUGCCCACGUUUGCCUUCGUGCGCAUGGAUGUCAGCAGCAACUCCAAGUCCCAGCUGCUCAAUGCCGUCCUCAGCCCGGCCCGCCGCCAGUGGGACUGCUUCUGGCAUCGGGACCUCAAUUUAGGCACUAAUCCUCGAGAGAUCUCAGAUGGGUUAGUAGAGAUCUCCUGGUUUUUCCCCAGUGGUAAGGAGGACCUGGAUGUUUUCCCAGAGCCCAUGGCCUUUCUGAACUUGAGAGGUGACAUUGGGUCUCACUGGCUGCAGUUCAAGCUCUUGACAGAAGUCUCCUCUGCUGUGUUUAUUUUGACUGACAACAUCAGCAAGAAGGAAUACAAACUGCUGUACUCCAUGAAGGAGUCAACCACAAAGUACUACUUCAUCCUGAGUCCCUACCGAGGGAAACGGAACACGAACCUGCGCUUCCUCAACAGGCUGAUCCCCGUGUUGAAGAUAGACCACUCUCACGUCCUGGUGAAGGUCAGCAGUACUGACAGCGAGGGCUUCGUGAGGCGCAUCCGAGCCAUCAUGUGCAGCGUGGCUCGCUCUCCCUGCAGGAGGGUGUCUGUGGAGGACAUGGCACACGCAGCACGUAAGCUCGGCCUCAGAGUUGAUGAGGACUUUGAGGAGUGUCAGAAGGCAAAGGACCGGAUGGAGAAAAUCCUCAGGAAGAUCAAGGAUGUGGACGCCUACAAGAGAGACGAGCUGCGGCUGCAGGGCGAGCCUGCGAGGAGGGCCGCCCAAGCUGAAAGAGAGUUCUGCCAGCUCCAGUGGGUCCCGGAGCCCCCAGAGAAGCACCGGGCUGAGCUGAGACGGCGCGUCCUUGAGCUCCGGGUGCAGCAGAAUGGCCAGGAGCCCACCUCAGGGGUCCAGGAGUUCAUCCUGGGAAUAAGCAGCCCCUCCCCGAGUGAGAGGCAGUAUUUCCUGAGAUGGAUGGAGUGGGGGUUGGCUCGACUUGGCCAGCCACGGCCAAGACAGCCUCCAGAGACCCUUCUCACCCUCAGACCAAAACUUGGUGGGCCCUCAGACUUGACGGAGCCACUCUGGCCUGAGCCCUUGGGAGUGGAGCACUUCCUACGGGAGAUGGGCCAGUUCUAUGAAGCGGAGAGCUGCCUGAUCGAGGCAGGGAGGCUGCCCGCUGGCCAGAGGCGCUUUGCCCACUUCCCGGGUGUGGCUGUGGAACUGCUGCUGGGUGGGCUGCCCCUGGAGCUGGUCGAUGGGGCUACCCUGAGCAUCCCUGUUCGAUGGGUCACUGGGCUUCUCAAGGAGCUGCAUGCCCGCCUAGACAGGAGAUCUCGGCUAGUGGUUCUCUCUGCCCUGGGGGUGCCGGGCACAGGGAAGUCUACACUCCUUAACACCAUGUUUGGCCUGAAAUUUGCCACUGGGAGGAGCUGUAGUCCCCGGGGGGCCUUCAUGCAGCUCCUCCCUGUAGCUGAGGGCUUCAGUCAGGAUCUGGGCUGUGACCAGAUCCUGGUAAUAGACUCUGGGGGUUUGAUCAGUGGGGCCUUGGCCUCUGCUGGAGGCAGGUUUGAACUGGAGGCUUCCUUGGCCACACUGCUAAUGGGGCUAAGUAAUGUCACUGUGGUCAGUUUAGCUGAAACAAAGGACAUCCCACCAGCUGUUCUUCAUGCGUUUCUGAGGCUAGAAAAAAUGGGGCACAUGCCCAACUAUCAGUUUGUGUACCAGAACCUUCAUGACCUGCCUGUUCCCAGCCCCAAACCGAGAGACAGGAGGCAGCUCCUGGAUCCGCCAAGCGACCUGAGCAGGGCUACCCACUUGGAAAAGCAGGGCGGCGGCUUCCGGACACUGGCGGGCCUGGCUGAGAGGCAGCACGUCUGGCACAUCCCAGCCUUGUGGCAUGGAGCGCCACCCAUGGCCGCUGUGAGCUUGGGCUACAGUGAGGCCAUUUUUGAAUUGAAGAGAUGCCUAUUAGAAAACAUCAGGAAUGGCUUGUCCAACCAGAACCAAAACAUCCAGCAGCUCAUUGAGCGGCUGCGCAGGCUGUGACUGGUGUGAGGCCAGGCCUCCCGCUGUGGCCUGUGGUGACGACAGUAAGGCUGUGUCUGGCACCUGGGAGUUGCCUGGUGCUUGCUGCUCAUGGAGUGAAGGCCAGUGACAGCCAGGGGUGACGGGGCUCCUCUUCACAGUGUUAAGAAGCAAUCUCAGACUAGCUCAGAGACACCAUCGAGAAUAAGCCGAGGCCAGGGGUGGGGUGAUAAGCCGUUAGUUGAUCUCUGUUCCUUACCCAUGACAAGGCUCCUGGCAGUCGGCCCUCUGGGUAGCUGCUCCUUCAUUGGCCCCUGAAAUUAGGGAACAGCCCCCUUAGUCACUGUAGCUGCUGGCAGACAGGGGUGUUUCAGGUUGUCCCAAGGAAGCAGACUCCACACAGGUCCUCUGUGGACCAGCCUGGAAGGUUUUGGUGAUGUGCAGCAAAGUGUGAGGCACUGCCAUGGCACUGUGCUCAUGUACGGUGUAUGACGCACUCUCUGACCCGUGCCCAGGAAGUGCUCGUCAGUUACCUACCCUUCUGUGGUCCAGCACUCUGUCAUCCUUUCGCAGCACCUCACGGCACAUUGUCACGUGUGUUUCCUGUCUGCCCCUAGACUGUGAGUUGCUUGAGGGCAGGGCCUAAGCACCAUACAGCUCUGGGUCCCUAGGACCUGGCACACAUAGGCGCUUAAUAAAUGUUUGUUGAAUUAAUGAGUUGAAUGUAUACUCAAAUGAUAGUAGUGUGCAGGUUCUGCCUCUCCACGCCUUCAUUGUCCUCGUGCUCAGGACAGCAGCCUCUGCCUGAAGAGGGCCUGGGGAACAGUGGAAAUGGUACCUUCAUGGUGACUUCAGCAGGGUAGUCAUUACCCAAUUUUGUGGUUGCUGGAGGGAAAUGCUAGCCUGCAGCACCUGCACAGCAGGUCGUGAGAGGGUCUGCUAUCCAUGCUAGAGUCCUCCCCAGCAUUCUGAAAAGUGCAGCAAUGGAGCCACUGUUUGAGAGUUACUUGGUCAGGGACCUCAGGCUCUCUGCCGUUAUCUUCAGCUGGAUCAGUCACUUCAGUCAGUUUCAGAGCCCUGCUCCACCUACAUCUACACCUACGAGUUUCUACCUAACUGUGUCUUGCUGCUGAGGUCUUGGGCUUUCCUUUCAUCUAUGUUUUUUGUCCUGAGAGAAGUCAGGCUGUGGCCUGAGAGCCUCUCCUGUGUCUUGUCCUUUUACUAGAUUCAGCAGAGGUGCCCUUGGUCCAGGGUACGUGUGCGCUCUCUGAUCUGGAACCCUUUCUUGAACCAAGACCCUCUGGUCUCCUCUGCUGGCCUGGCUCCCUGGGUCUCCCAGGAUGACCACGAGGUGCCCUGGUGAUCUGCUGGUCGGGUGGUCUGGCCGUGUGCGGGUGAGAAAAGCAAUCCUGAAACUUUGCAGGAUCUCUGAUCUGCCUAACGUUAAAAUAACUUACAACACGCUGAUUCAGGUAGAAAUAACAAAACAUUUUUUUCCAUUUAAAAAUUUUCAUUUUUGCCAGCUGGACAUGUUGGUGCACACCUUUAAUUCCAGCACUAAGGAGGCAGAGACUGGUGUCUCUGGAUGUUCAAAGCCAAGCAGGUCUAGGAUAGCCAGAGCUACAUAAUAGACCCUGUCUAAAAAUACACAAACAAAACAAAACCUUCCUUUUCCCACUUCUCAUGGAGCUGGAGAAACUUCCCUGGCACCCCCCCCCACACACACACACACACGGCUUUUCACCUCCCAUUUUCCUAGCUCCAAGUUCAAGCACAGGGAAUACCUCUUACGAAUUGUUGUGAAUAGGGGGUCCUGUAAGUGGGUACAGACACUUGCAGCAAAGCAUAACAACUUGAAUUUGAUCUCUGGAACUCACCUAAAACCGGAAGGAAACCGUUCCCAUAGAGUUGUGCACUGACUCCACUCGUGCCAUGCCACUGUCCCCCAUGUACACACACUGUAAGCACACCUGCUAAUAGGAAAGGAGGGCACUUGCUUUCAGAGUCCCUCCUACUCCGGAGAGCUCAAGAAUUGCUUUUAACCAUACUUAAAAAUUGUUUUAUGCUGUCCCGAAAAUCUGAGACAAAGAAGACAAGAUUCAUGAUAGCUUAGAAAUGGAUUCUUCAUACUGGGAAUGGUGGUGUACAGCUGUGCUAUCAGGACUUGAGAGAUGGAGGAUCCAAAAGUUCAGGGUCAGUCUGGGUAUAUAGCAAGACCCCCAUCUCCAAGAAGAUAAAAAGUUCUUUUUUUCAUGAGGUUUGUCCACCACCCCGAAAUAAAAUUCAGUCUGUAUUCCUAAAA